AUGUUACAAUCUCCUCCACUUCUUCGUUACCUUAAUAUUCAACCAACAACCAAUUUGGAACGAAGAGUAUCCUGUCCUCAAGUGCAGUCACAACAACAACAACCAAAAACAGUUGCUCCUAUCUCGAAACCUUACGAUAAGGUUGAUACAACAUCGCAAAAAGAUCAUCGGUUAAGUUUGAGUCAGGAAAUACAAAAUGUAAAAUUGAGACCAACGAAACAAGAUAUGGAUUCACAGAUGAUUAAUCCACAGACAAAAUGUGAACCUUGGGUGUGGGACAAUAUUUAUUAUAGCAAAGUACAGGAUGCUUCAGACGUGUUAACUUUAAUUGGACGUUGUGGUGUAUUUCUUGUUCGUCCUCAAUCAACUGGAGUUUCUCUAAAAAAUUAUGUGUUAAGUCUUUAUACAUCUACCGGUGUUAAAAAAUAUAAGAUAAAUCGUUUAGAUUCACAAGAAUAUUCUUUAAAACCAGAUGAAGGUCCCUGUUUUUCAUCAAUACCAGAGUUAUGUCUUUAUUACAGAGAAAAUCCCUUACCAACACAAAAUAUCUUCGAACAAAAUUAUCUCAAAUAUCCGUACACAUUCGAUAAGCAAAAUAAUUGGGAUGACGAAAGCUUUUAA